AUGAGUGUAACAACUUCUUUAUCCGCAGAACAAUGGCAACAUGACCAUUUUAUUGUUCAUACAAGUAAAGCUGGUUAUUUAGCUCAAAGUAUUAGUGCAGUACUUGGAUAUCCAAUUAUUCCAAUUAUUCAUAAAAAGUUUAGUGAUGGAGAGUGUUAUUAUAGAAUUGCUAUUCCUGAAAGAACUUCAUUAGUUGGAAGAGAUGUAGUUGUUGUAAGUUCUAUUGUUGAUGACCAGGAAUUACUUGAAGUAGUAAGAAUUGGAGGAGAAUUAGCAGAACUUGGAACAAAAAGAAGAAUUUUCGUGAUUCCAUAUCUUAUGUAUUCUACUAUGGAACGAGCAGUUCAUCCUGGAGAAGUUGUUACAUGUAAAUCUACAGUAAGAAUGUUAUGUGGUAUACCAUCUUCUGGGUUAGGAAAUUUAUUUAUGUUAAUGGACCUUCAUACAUCAGGUAUUAUUCAUUAUUUUGAAGGUACAGUUCAGGCAAUGGAAUUAUAUGCUGAAAGUACUCUUGAACAAGCAAUUGCUGAGAAUAUUGAUUUUAGUGAACCAGUAAUUUUUGGUUCAGCAGACCUUGGAAGACCUUUAUGGGUAGAAACUUUUGCUAAUCAUUUUGGUGUUGGAAUUGCUUUUAUUAGAAAAAGUAGGUCCUUUGAAGAUACUCAUGUUAUAGGUGAACCUAUUGGAGAUGUUAAAGGAAAACACGUUGUUAUUUAUGAUGACUUGACAAGAUCAGCUGGGUCAUUGAUUAAAGCUUGUAAUGCUUAUUUAGAUAAUGGAGCUAUUAAAGUGACUGCAGUUGUUACUCAUUUAUCAUUAAUUGAUGAUGAUGUUGUACAAAAAGUUAUUGACUCAAGAAUUGAUCGAGUAAUUGCUACUAAUAGUAAUGUUAGAUCUCAAAUGGAUGCAGUUAAAAAUAGUAAGAAGUUUAUUAUUUGUGACAUUUCUCCAGUAUUUGCCAAACAGAUUAGAGCAUGUUUAAAUAACAAUAAUGACUAA